GAUUUGCGUGUGUUAGUCAGCAGCAAUCGAAAUUUGGAGACAAUUCAUGAGCUUGGGGAACAGUCGGUGGAUGUGGGCCAGUGACACGCGCGAUCUCCUCCAAGAGAGGAGUACUUUGCUCCCGGCUUAGUACUUUCUGUCGAAACCAUGAGACUGACGUCAUACAAAUCAUUCUUGCACGAUAGAAAAGUGCUGGUAGACUUCCUUGCCAUCCUAUUUGGCAUUGGCUCAUGGAUAGGAAUCAACUCUAUCUUCGUGCAGUUUCCUCUGCUCGUGGCAGCAGCACCCGAAGGAUGGGACCUGCCUUCCUUUAUUGUGGUGAUUAUACAACUGGGCAACCUUGGCCCACUCGUCUACACACUCAUCCAGAAGUACUCCACACGCAAGAUUCAGGAUGCCAGUGUGAUUUACGGCAUCCUGGCAGUGGGAUGUGCAGCUGCUCUGGCCAUGUGUUUCGUAUACAACAUUACAGCGACGAUCGGCGGUGUGGAGCGAAGCGUAUGGCUGUUUAUCGUGGUGUUUUUCCUCGCUCUCGUGGGAUGUUCAAGCUCCGUGCUCUUUAUGCCCUACAUGGGACGCUUCAGGGAGAUCUAUCUUAUCACAUACCUCAUCGGAGAGGGCCUGAGCGGCUUUCUGCCCAGCAUCAUGGCCCUAAUCCAGGGUGUUGGCGGGAACGCUCAGUGUGUGUUGAGCAACAACACCCAGGGACAGCCAGAGUAUCAGUUGUACACACCACCGCCUCGCUUCGAGACUGAACAGUUCUUUGCAUUUGUCACCACAUUCAUGUGCGUGAGCCUAGGCGCCUUUAUCCUCUUGGAGAAUCUCAAGCUGUGCAGAAAAGAAUACGUGGCGGUGAAGAUUGAAAAAGGCAACAAGUACACCUAUGAUGAGUCAUCAAAAAUCAACGAAAGCGGGGAACAAUUGACUGUCCAGGAAGACGCUGAAAACACCAGUCUUUCAGUGACAACCUACAGGCUCCUGCUGAUCCUUAUGGCCGUCAUUUGCAUGUUCGGAAAUGGGAUUUUUCCUAGUAUUCAAUCAUAUUCAUGUCUCCCUUAUGGAAAUAUCGCUUAUCACCUGACCGUGACCCUCAGCUCUAUCGCCAAUCCUCUAGCCUGCUUCUUGGCGGUCUUUUUACCCCAUACAUCAAUUCGUCUGAUCUCUAUCCUCACCUCAAUUGCAACUGCAAUAGGGAUUUAUGCUGUCGCCACGGCUGUGAUGAGUCCUUCACCUCCGCUCUUUGGCCAAGUCGGAGGAGAAAUUUUAGUGGUGCUCUCGUGGACGGUGCUAAAUGGUCUUAUAAGCUACAUGAAAUUGUCCAUAACGUCGAUAUUCCGCUUCCAAGGCGGGAAAUCAUUAGUUUGGGUGGGAGGAGUCUCCCAAAUUGGCUCCUUCACUGGAGCCAUUCUUGCUUUUGUACUUAUAAACUAUACCGGCAUUUUUGUAUCUUACACACCCACGUGUCCAGCUCCCUAGACACUACAAUUCACCUGUAUUUUUUUUU